ACGCCUGGCCUCACUCAAACAGUAAACGAGUCACUGUAUAUAUGGCUUAUUUCCUGGGUCCACGGGAAGCAUGAGUCUGUUGGGACUUGGGGCAAGAAGAAGACAAGACAUCUUAACAAGGAAAACCAAGCACUAAAAAAAGUAUCCCCCCAACUCUGAAGAGAUAGAGCAUAAACAUGGCCGACAGUGGACUUAGGGAACCUCAAGAGGACUCUCAAAAGGAUUUGGAAAAUAAUCCAUCAAUAAAUUCUCAGGCGCAGGAGACCACAAUCAUGGCAAGUAAUGCUGAGGAAGCUCAGACCCUACACUCUGCCUGUGGUCUUAGCAAAGACCACCAAAGGGUGGAGACAGUGGGUCCGGAAAGUGCAGAUACAGGUGAUAAAUCCGAAAGUCCAGAUGAAGCAAAUGUGGGGAAACAUCCAAAGGAUAAAAUAGAAGAUGAGAACAACCAGAGUUUUCUGGAUGGUGAAAAAGGGCAUCACCUCCCUUCAGAAAAUCUGGGUGAAGAACCCUUGGAUCCAGAUCCCAGCCCUUCUCCAAGUGACAAGGUAGGAAGAGCAGAUGCACACUUAGGGAGCAGCUCUGUGGCCCUCCCUAAUGAAGCAAGUGACGGAACUGGAGCAUCUCAGGAACCACCUACAACAGACUCCCAGGAGGCCCAGAGUCCUGGUCAUUCCAUUACAGGGCAAGAGGGCGAGGAUACACUGAGGAGGCGACUGCUGGCCCCAGAGGCUGGAAGUCAUCCACAACAAACACAAAAAUUGGAAGAAAUUAAAGAGAAUGCACAGGACACCAUGAGACAGAUUAAUAAAAAGGGUUUUUGGAGCUAUGGCCCUAUCUUUCUUCUCUUCCUGGUUGUGGCUGUUGUGGCAAGUUCUGUGAAUAGCUACUAUUCCUCUCCAGCCCAGCAAGUGCCCAAAAAUCCAGCUUUGGAGGCCUUUUUGGCCCAGUUUAGCCAAUUGAAAGAUAAAUUUCCAGGCCAGAGUUCCUUCCUGUGGCAGAGAGGACGGAAGUUUCUCCAGAAGCACCUCAAUGCUUCCAACCCCACUGAGCCAGCCACCAUCAUAUUUACAGCAGCUCAGGAGGGAAGAGAGACCCUGAAGUGCCUGAGCCACCAUGUUGCAGAUGCCUACACCUCUUCCCAGAAAGUCUCUGCCAUUCAGAUUGAUGGGGCUGGAAGGACCUGGCAGGACAGUGACACGGUCAAGCUGUUGGUUGACCUGGAGCUGAGCUAUGGGUUUGAGAAUGGCCAGAAGGCUGCUGUGGUACACCACUUCGAAUCCUUUCCUGCCGGCUCCACUUUAAUCUUCUACAAGUAUUGUGAUCAUGAGAAUGCUGCCUUUAAAGAUGUGGCCCUGGUCCUGACUGUUCUGCUAGAGGAGGAAACAUUAGAAGCAAGUGUAGGCCCAAGGGAAACUGAAGAAAAAGUGAGAGACUUACUCUGGGCCAAGUUUACCAACUCUGACACUCCCAGCUCCUUCAACCACAUGGACUCAGACAAGUUGAGUGGGCUGUGGAGCCGAAUUUCACACCUGGUACUGCCAGUCCAGCCAGUGAGGAGCAUUGAAGAACAGGGGUGCCUUUUCUAAAGCUAAGCACAAAGUUGGUUAUAGAAGGUGUAUGUUUAUGAAAAAGUUUGUUUAAAGGCCUUUCAUUUACAUGGAAGGAGGUUGAUAAAAUAGGUUGAGGAAAUAGCCUGAAAAACAAAAAUGAGCUUAUUUUAGAAACAAGUUUUUAUUUUUUACUUCUUGUAAAAUCUUUCUAAUCUAAGCCUUGACAAAACUAAAAAUUAACCGACUUUUUUUCUUUGCCUUUUGGACCAAAUCAGGUUUGAAGUAUGGAUGAUAUAUAUGAGAAUUUUUUUAAAAUUCUAAAAUAUAGCAACAUUGCACAGGAAGAUACUCUUACUUCUUAGAGUAACUACAGAGUGAUUUUUUUUUCUUGAGUGAGACUCUGAAGAGCCUUUUGGAUGCUGUUUGGACUUGGAUGAAAGCAAUUAGAAUUAUGAAGCAAUGAUCACUUUUAGAAAAUUUUUCUAUCACAUGUUGAAUAUUUUCAAAACCUCACUUUAAUAAUCUAAAGUUAUGGGAUUAUAUCUUAUAUUAAUUUUACAGUUUUGAGUAGUAUGAUAAAAGAAAUAAGAAUUCAAACCAUUAAGUACCUACCUGUACUACAUGUAAGGCACUGUGCUUUUAUUCCAUUCAGCUGAGGUAUAAGUGUACCUCAGUACAGAAUAAGCAGCUGUACUCAAACAUUCUUAAAAAUGAGAACCAAUGGGGAAAUUGUUUAUAAUCAUUGGAAAUGAAGAAAUUCCAAUUGGCUAUAUCUUUACUUCAGCUUUUCUUGAAUGAUUUACAGCAGUGAUUUUCAAACUGUGUCUACUGGCACCCUUCCCCUUUGUAUCAGAGCAGUUCUGCUUUUAACUGUUUUAUAUGUCAGGCUCUAUGAGAUUUCAUUGGAACAAAGAGUUUCACUGAUACUCAAGUUUGAAAACCAUUAAGUGAAAAAACAUCUUAGAAGAUAGGAAAUAUGUAAAAAAAUUGAAUGUAUUAAAUCUUAUGAGUAGGAAGAUGAAAUACAGGUUUAUCAUAUAGCUAUAUUGUUUAUGAACACUAAAGAUCUAUACAUGAACAGCAGAAUGUAUAAGCUAGCAUUUACUAGCAUGUCUCUGAUGCUUUUGUUCAUUUCUGUUAGUCAUCAUUUUUGUCCCCUCUGCAUGGAAUUUUAUACUUGUCUAGGGUGAGAGUUUGUAGACUUUCAGCAGAACAUAUUUUAAUAACCAAUUUAUUUGUUUUAUUUUAAAAAAUUAUUUUUGAAUAACCAAUUUAAUAGUAAA